GCAAGCCCUCCCUUUCUCGUUUCCUUCUAUCCUUCCUGAGAAAGCGCCUGGUGCUGUUGAUCUGUGCACCGAUCCGGAGUGGAAGCUGUAGAUUUUAAAUUUUAUUUUAGUUUUAAAGUUUACAUCUGCUGUUUUAAAUCCAGAAAUGAAAGUAGUGGCGUUGAUAAGUGGUGGAAAGGAUAGUUGCUACAAUAUGAUGCAGUGCAUAGCUGCUGGGCAUGAGAUUGUGGCCUUGGCUAACCUACAGCCAGAGAAAAAAGAUGAAUUGGACAGUUACAUGUAUCAGACAGUUGGCCAUGAAGCAAUAGACUUAUAUGCUGAAGCUAUGGACUUGCCAAUGUACAGGCGCACUAUUCAGGGUACAAGUUUGGUGAUUGGAAAAGAUUACAAUCAACAAGAUGGAGAUGAAGUAGAAGAUCUUUACCAGCUCUUGAAACUUGUUAAGGAAAAAGAGAUUGUCGAGGGAGUCUCUGUUGGUGCCAUUCUUUCUGACUAUCAAAGGGUCAGAGUAGAACAUGUAUGCCAGCGACUUGGUCUUCAGCCCUUAGCUUACCUUUGGCGUCGAUGCCAGGAGGAUUUACUCAGAGAAAUGAUAUCUUCCAACAUCCAUGCCUUGAUCAUCAAAGUUGCAGCUUUUGGCCUUGAUCCUGAGAAACAUCUAGGAAAAACACUGGCAGAAAUGGAGUCCUAUCUUCAACAGCUUUCCAAGAAAUAUGGUGUUCAUGUAUGUGGGGAAGGUGGAGAAUAUGAAACACUAACUUUGGAUUGCCCCUUGUUUAAGAAGAAAAUUGUUAUAGAUUCCUCCAAAGUUGUUGUGCACUCUGCAGAUGCCUUUGCUCCUGUUGGUUAUCUUCAGCUUUUAAAGAUGCAUUUAGAAGAUAAACCAAAUUAUUCAUAUACAAAAACAGUAUCUGGUAGUUCGUGUCCAUGUAUGUGUUACAUUAAAGAAAAUUGUGAAAGCUUUGAGUCUUUGAAUCGAGAACCCACUGAACACGAAAUAUGUGCAACAUCUCCACUUGAUAACGAGGACAGAUUUUUGCCUUGUUCUCUAAGAGCAAACCUUGGCUACCAAUGGAUAUGUGUUGGUAUGAAUUUCUCAUCAGACAAAGGUGCCCAGGACCAAGCCAGACUUGUGUUUUCUUUUCUAAAAGAUGAGGUAGAAGCUAAGGGAUUCAGACUAUCAGAUGCUGUAUUGAUCCAUCUUUACCUGAAAAGUAUGAGUGACUUUAUUGCAGUUAAUACAAUCUACAAGACAUUCUUUGGCUUAAAUCCUCCUGCAAGGGUUUGUGUUGAAGCCCCUAUGUUUGGUGGAGAACAUCUCAAGGUUGACUGCCUUUUACAUAGUUAUGAAACAUCCCAUGUAUACUCUUUGGUUCCCCAGAAGCAAAUUAUGCAUGUUCAGAGUGUAUCACACUGGGCUCCAGCUAAUAUUGGACCUUACAGUCAAGCUAUAAAGAUUAAUGAAGCCAUUUUUUGUGCUGGACAAAUUGGGCUUAUACCAUGCACAAUGCAACUUGUUCAAGGAGGUGUUCAAAAAGAAGCCAUACUAACGUUCAGUCAUGUAGAAAAGGUGUUAGAUGCUAUGAACAGUGGCUUAACACUCAGACAUGUAUUAAUGGCAAAUUGCUAUGCUAUUAGCAAGAUGGACAUUCCUCUUAUCAAGAAAAUAUGGGAAAAAUGUACAGCAGAGGAUGAUUCCUAUGGAGAGGAAAAGAAGAAAUGCAGCACGUUGGUGGUGUCUGUGGUGCCUCGGCUGCCUAGAAAUGCAGCUGUAGAGCUGCAUGUUAUUGCAGCUAAUGAUAAUCCAAGAGAAAGACUGUCAUUAUGUCUAAGGAAAGACCUGGAACACUUUAGCAUUGAAUGUGAAAUGCUAAAAUCAAGUUGUUCUGCUUUAGCCUCCAUUUCUUUAUCAGUGAGUUUGUUGUCUCCAGAAGUCAACUACGAAAGCACAGAAGAAGUCCUUGAAUGUCUUGUUUCAACUUUAAACGGAGCUUUUGAAAAACUAGGAAAUUAUUUGUCUGUUUUGUGCUGCAGAACCUUCUAUAAACACAGCAACAAAGCUGCAGUGUCCCUGCUUAAAGGUUUUGGCAAGACUCUGCGGCCCUGGCUGGAGGAGAAGCAGCCGGCUUUUAUUUCUGUGCCUGUUGUUGAUUUACCAGACAUGACAAUUCUGCAUAUUGCUUGUUGGCUCAGCCAGUAGAAUUGAACAGGACUAAAAUUCACCCCCACAGCAUUUUUAAAAGAUGCCAUUUGUUUUCUGUUUAUUUUGCUACUUUCCAUUCUGCCCACAGUUUUGAACCUUUCAAAAAUAGAUUAUGGAAAUUUAAAUAAAGACUUCCAGUUUAGA